CUUAAUUUGCAUUUCGACUUAGAAAAAUUACGUGCCGUUCAUUUUUUCGUUUUAAAAUUUUAGGGAACGAUUUAGACAGUAAGGCUGCGCUUCACAAAGAACGAGAGAAAUGCAAGCGAUAUGCUGCAGUUAUUGAAGUUCGCUCUGAAAUUUUGGGUGCUUUUCUUUUUGUUCGCUGCGGUUCCUUCCUGCAUGCCGAUCUUCGGUGGACUUCAGAGCCUGCUCGUGACGAGUUUCAGUCUUUCUCGAAGUAUUGUGCGGACUGUGGCCAUGAGCUCUUUCACAGCGGAAGAAAGUUUUACCGUUUCGUAUGUGACGGCGCCCAAUGAUACGGUUGCAAAGCACAUUGCUAGAGGACUGGUGGAAAAGAAACUCGCAGCUUGCGUGAAUGUUGUGCCGGGAAUUGUUUCCAUUUACACCUGGAAGAAUGAAACGCAAGAAGAUUCCGAGGUCCUUAUGAUCAUCAAGUCAAGAAAAAGCAUUCUCGAAGAGAUGACAACGUUUAUCCGUGAUAAUCAUCCGUACGACGUCUGCGAGGUUAUUUCAACUCCGAUAAUCCAAGGGAACCCGCCGUACAUGCAGUGGCUAGGAGAAGUUGUCAAGAAGCCGUAAAAUCCCCUCUUCCGGUACAUUUUGUGCGCGCUGUCUUUGCAAAUUAAUUUGCUCAAUGGUGUACCAAUGAAACUUCCUGUAUAUGUUGUACUCGUAUCAUGGUUUGCUUGGAUAAUGUUUUCUUAUCUCUAACAGAUUAUGUUUACCAUAAGUUUCUCGCUUUUCCUUUUCGACCUGUAGCAAUCUUUGAGAGUAAUCAGUGAAUGGGUUUAUCUAAUUAUAUGGCCAUUACAGUAAAUCCCUAUCACAGCAAUGUAUUUUAUUAUCUCAUUACGCUUGAAUGCUCAAAACUUCGAUGCAUUGCAUUGUUGUGCUUGUUCAGUAGGUACCGACGUAAAUCGUAUAUCAUUGAUUAUUCAGUUCCGCUGUACUUUACCGUGGUUUUCAUCUUCCGCUGGUUAACAUCUUUUUUCAUCUUCCGCUGGUUGAUCGGUAUUUAAGUGAUCCAGAAGAUUUUUUAACUUCUAGCGCUUUUUUGUAGUGCACAGUACUGUCCACAGUGUUAUUCUUUUGCUGUUAUGUGGAUCUGAGAAAAGCACUACUCUACUAAACCAAUGGAUAUUAGCAGAAUAUCCCGUCGCUUUCAUCUACAUCCCGACUAUCGGUUAUGUAUCUUGGCUGGAAUACUGUUUUCCUGUCUUGGCACUUACUGCGCAGAAGCAAAAGCGGAAAAUGCGGCAGAUUGCAUCCUGUCAGCCACUGACAGUCCAAACGAUCAGUUUGAAAUCAUCAGAACAUAUUUCACCGAUCCGGGCUCACAAAUGGCUUUCGCCCUUAAUGGUCCGCCAUUGUUUCACAAUCAAACUGUGCGGUUCGUAAUGGAGCUUUCUGACGCGUCCAAGAGGAGAUACUCUAGCAUUCUGCCAAAAGAAUGUGACUUGAUAGCACAAGAGCUUCCCACGGGAUCGCGUGUGAUGGUGCGCAUUGUACACGAAAGUAAAAUCCUGGACCAAACGGGUAUCGUUAGCAGCAGUGAUUCCAUUGUGGAUAGCGAAGGCAAUCCAACAUCUUUUUUCAUGGAUAUCAAUUCGAUUAAUAUCAACUCUGCCGCUGAAAAAAUGGACUUGAGUAUCCGCUGCGCGGUAAAAUUAUGCUUCGGACUUUCUCAAGAUCGCGCAAGCUGUGACCUGCGCAGCACAAAUUUCGGCAGUGUCUCCCAAAGCACUCGUUUAACUCGCACCUUGACAGAGAAAAGUGCUCUAGUGCAGCGCACUAAACGACAAGCCGCGGACGAACGACCGGUUUCAGACCUCGUUUGCGUUAACAAUGCACUCUUUAUCUCACUGGUAACGGGACUGGGAGCGUUGCUAUUGGUGCUGAUCAGUGCAGAUGGAUACUACGCACUGAAAGCGUUGUCCAGCAGUUCAUCCAAGCCUGGCGGACGACCUGCUGGAGAGAUGAGCUUGUCUGAUGUUCCCUCCAAAAGAACCGCAGUGGCCCAGCAUAUCGAAAGGUCGCGUCCUCCACAACCUCGCGGUUACCCGCGGUCACAAGCAGCCCGAGCCGAAAUGGUGGCACCGCGUCGACCUACGGACAGACCCGGACCCUCGGGCGUUCCAUCCAGCGACAGAUUUUACUACUAGACCAAUGUUAUAGAGUCUAUAGGACAGACGCAUAUUUGUACAAGACUAAAAGCUAAAGUCGCAAGCUCAUAAAAUUAACUGUUGUGCGAUUUAAUUUGGUAAUUGUGGUACUACGUUUAGCGCUCAUAUUACAGUGCCUAGAAAGUCAAAAUUAGUUACCGCAUACUGCUGCGGUCUACACUGAGGUUGCUUGUCUGCAAACCGCAUUUUUGUUUGCGCUAAUUUGUACGGGCAUUUAUGCCUGAUUCCGUUUAUUGGCAUUAACGGCAACAACAGCUCACCAGUCAGGAUUUAUACAAAGCAUAUAUC